AUCGGUGACCCCGCAGCUGUUCGGAUUCUUCGAUAUCUCGAAAGGGCGUACAGCGGUGAUCCGCUGUCGAUCAUCAGGAUACAACUGUAUUCAACACCGGCCAAGUAGAUAACGGAAGACUUGGUCACUGUCCAUGUCCUCAAGAUGAAGUACCUACGCAUGCCCAUUGAGAUCGAGUCGCCUGAGGAGUAUGGUUACGACAAAAUCGCCAACAAUCUAUCUGAGAGCUCGGUCACUGAUCAGAGUCUGGAAUCUCUCGGACUGCAGAUCCCGAACUUGACACUCCUCUACAAUGAGCACCGUGGAAGCCCUCGACUACGCGAGCUGAUCGUGCGGAAUUCAGGGUUGUCUGCAGAUGAUGUUCUUAUCACGUCAGGAGCCGCGGGUGCUCUUUUUAUAAUAGCAACGUCACAACUGUCGACAAAGGACCAUCUCGUGGUGAUUCGACCGAACUAUGCGACUAACCUCGAGACCCCUAAGGCUAUUGGCUGUGAGAUCACCUACAUCGACCUAGACUUCAACUCGGGUUUCGCUCUCGAUCUCACAGUCAUAGAAAAGGCUAUCAAGUCCAACACGGCCAUGAUCUCGGUCACCUGUCCCCAUAAUCCCACAGGAGUCACCAUGUCUCGAGACACCUUGAACAGCCUCGUCGCCAUGGCCAAGGCUCAAGGCUGUCUUCUCCUAGUCGACGAAACCUACCGAGACAUCCAUUAUACAGAACAAUUGCCGCUGGCAGCUUCAUUAGGCGACCACGUCUUGAGCGUAGCCUCUCUUUCCAAAUCAUAUGGAGUGCCUGGAAUCCGUUGUGGCUGGGUCAUCACCAAGAAUCCUCGAUUGCAGGAGGUAUUCCUCGCCGCGAAAGAACAGAUCAGUAUUAGUGGAAGCGUUGUAGACGAAUGGAUCGCCGAACAAGUGCUGGAGAAGGGCGAUGCUAUUCUUGAACCGAGGAUUCAAGAGAUGAGAUCUCGUCUGGAUAUGGUCGCCAGUUGGAUCGAGAAAGAAGACCUGCUUGAAUGGGUUCGGCCGGCUGGUGGGGUGGUAUGCUUCCCUAGGAUGAAGAAAGAGCCCGUAGGUGGUACCGCGGCUUUCUAUGAAAGACUGUUACGUGAUCAUGCGACGUAUGUCGGGCCUGGCCACUGGUUUGAGAUGCCAGAUACUUACUUCAGGCUGGGUUAUGGAUGGCCGACUCGUGAGCAGUUGAAGGCUGGAAUGGAAGCCAUUUCGAAAGCGCUUCGAGGCUGAACCACUUUUGUGAGGAAGAGAUGUCAAGGUUGAAUUUCCUCUGUGUAUUCCUCCAUCAAGCCUUGAGGCCAUUCAAUGCCAUCGUAAUAUUCUAGAAUAGGAUGAGUACAUCAAGACCUUCACGUGGG